AAGCGUGAAAACAAAGCCUACUUCCUGAAUGUGACGUCUAAACGAAUUCCUGUGUACUGUCACAUGGAAGCUGCCGAGCUUGGAGCAUGCGGAGGAGGUGGAUGGACGCUCGUCAUGAAGACCGAUGGCGAAAAGGUAGCAGCAGCGAUACAACAAUUUUUGCCCCCGAAGGGAUUUCGCCUUCUGGGCGAAAUCCCGAGGAGGCACUCUAGUAACUCGCGCGUAUAUUAAGGAAAGUACUUCCAGUUGGAAUAUACAGUCAGUAUGCCAGAAAAAACUCGAACAGGGGCCGCGAGGAAUCGGUAGGUAAUGAUGACGUUUCUAUUGUUUGCGCCCGCAAGUACGAAAUGGUUAGGAUGACGUAAAGACAGAAAAUCGCGAGGGGACCGGUUAGGUAGAUUUUGUGACAUUUAUUGUGCAGUCCUACUUCGAUACUCUUUUGCGUUUCGUGUUAUCAGUGACAUUCUGUGGAGCAGUUGUUUUGAAAGUUAUGGACCAAAAGACACUCGUUAAGCGCAGAUGAAGUUCUAAGGUGCGUAUAACUGUGUAUACAUAUGGAGAGUUUGCCAGACACGAGUUUACAAUUUUUUGAUUGAAAACCUUGCCAGACACUCUUUCUCUCUCUUUGACCUGAAUAAAACUCAGCCCCAACCAAGCAAGACGAGUGAACAACGACUAGCUUAUCACUAGCAGAACGAUGGACGAUUACAGAAACUCGCCGACAAUCAAAUUCUUUGCUGACUUAUUCCCUGUUCACAGAUGUCCUUCCGCUAUAAGGUUUAAAAUAAGACUAGAAUGCUCGAGCGUGAAUUGAUCAAACGUCCUUUUAAUUUUUAAGGCUUACUUUCCGGCAAAUAAAAUGAACUGUAUGUUAAAAGUGAAAGAGAAAUAGCUAAAAAUUCAACUUCUAAUUAAAUCUUUUCUUAUGGUUUCGAAUAAACUAUUCUCGAAACUGAGAAUGUUUUGAUCAAAGCUGUGUAAAUCGAACUGAAACUGUGCAUGGAACCUUGCGUUUCCUGUAUUUAUCUCACCUGUUGUAUGGAAUAUGUGUGAAAAUCUUCAUUAUGAAUCGGUAUAUUUCAAAGAGCUACACAACCAGGAAGAAUACUAUUGACUGACAAUAUACAGAACGGGGGCAGCUGUAGUGUCAACUAUAACUAGUAGUAUUCAUUGAUAAUAUAUUGCCCUCGUUCAUGAUUGGCUCCAAUCCCUUGACUAAUUCUUCAUAACCAACCGCCGUUUACCAUAUUUGCAAGAUGUAGGACUGAAUAUACAUGAUCGAUUCUAUGGUAUAUUGCCUAUUAUUAAAAACUGUCUCAUUGGAUAAUGCAAUUCUAGUGCUCUGAUUGGCUUAGCCAUCAUGGUAUAUGAGCCAUUAUACCAUGCUCUCCAAAUAUGGUAACUGUACGCGUCUGCUCAAAAUUAAAACAAGCUGAAAAUCGGUUGUUUUUACAAAUAAAGUUGGGAAGAAUUCUCGAUACUGUUUUGUGGGCGUUUUUGAUAAAAAAAAUUAUUCUACUCGGCCUUGUUGGAUAUGAGAUGAUUAUAACUAGCUCAGUCUCUCUUGAUUAUAACCAUCUCGGCGCUACGCGUCUCGUUGGCUUAUCUACCAUUUCAUAUCCAACGUGCACUCGUGGAAUAAUUGUUAAAUGAUUCAUCGAUCAACCUCGAGCAGUUUCCUUUAAACUAUUUUUUGCUAAAAUUGCGACCGAGAAUUGCUACCAAAUCAGUUUUGCGACAGAUUGCAAUCCUGGACAGCGGAGCUGGUUUUAGGAAAGUAAUUAAACAGCUCAAUUAGCUGAAAGGAAGCGAACAUAUCGUCAGCUUUUGGCUGGGGGUACAGGUAUUGAAAUAUCAAAUUUGGAAAUUGCCAAUCCAUACUGGACCACACGGUGUGGGAGUCUGUUGUGUAAAGCAUUCCGGCUCAUGUUUAAAAUUAGCUGUUAGGUAAAUUUUAAGCUUUGGCAUGAAUGGGGCAAAGGGCGUGAUUUCAAUACAGUGCAAUCCUCGGGGCAAGUUUUUUCAAGAGCGCACGAACAAAACGUUUAUUUUCUGAAAGGUUGAUAGUUUCAGAUGAAUUGUUAUUUUUACAAUGAAGGAGCAGAAUUUUUGUACAGAAAUUGAUUUUAUUUAAUUUUUGCCCUUUUUGGCAUAUUUCCUACCAUAAUAAUGUUGCGCAAAAGUGGGUGAUCCGAGAUAGCCCGUGAGGAGAAUCUUGUGUGCCGCUCGCAAAAAUGUUACCGCGUAGGUUUCUUAGAAGAAUGGGGCUUUACUGACAAAUUAUGAGGCUAAUUUGGCUCGAUUUUGGGUGAGUUCCUUUUUAUUUGCGUUUUUAUGAACCCAGACCGACUUGAGGUCCAUAAAAUCGCGUAAAAGAACCAGCCCAGUAUCCAUUCCUCUUGACCGAAGAUUUGGUAAAUCAAGGAUUUAUUACAUGGCCAAAAAGGAAAUUGUUUCUCGCACAGAACACAGGAUUCGUUUCAUCUUGACGGGUCGUAAAACGGUCAGUCAUAUCAGUAAUGUAGCCUCUUCACACUGGCUCACUAGUGACGGUACACCGAGAUGGCGGCCAUUGACCAUCAUCACAGCGAAAUGUUUUGAGGAAUCUCGCCAUGUCACGUCAUUUACCUGGCUGGGGUAUUUAUUACAUUAUUUUAAUUCUUACCAGGCGUUUGAUUGUCUUAGCCUAGCUAUUCUCAAAACUACUUGGGGAAGGGGAGGAGGUUGGAUGUAGUUGACCCCCAGGGCCCAUAAGGCCAAAUUGGAUAGUCUUAAAAACUUUUUCAGCAGAAUGUGACUGCUGUGAUGUCAUGUGAAAACAGUUUGUUAAUUGACGAUAUAUCAUUCUUUAUCCGUUUAGAAUACCUUUCAUUACGAUUCAAAAUUGUGGACCAACAAGACGGACCAUAAUCCCUCUGCGGGAAAGACCCUGCUUGAUCAUCAAGAAACAAAAUUACCCACCUACUGGAGCACACCAUUCACUAAGAUCUGCCUCGCUAUGAAGAUCGGCCAUCAAGUUAAUUCGAUCGUCAUCAACAAACCAGCCAACUCCCUACACUCCCUGAUCGCUGACGGAAAAUAUCGUUCGACGUCACUGGGUCGUGACACCUGGAAGAAGCUGAUUGGCCAACAGGCAUCGCUGCAUAGAAAUUGUAACCAGGAAGGGUUCAAUUCUCGUGAGAGGAUCCUGUGGCUCAGCAAAGCAAGAAUAGGUAUCAUAGGUAACAAACAAAACGACUGUAAUACCCCUGACUCAAGAAUUGGGUUUGGUACUGGUGGUUUUCCUAAUGAUUACAACACCUGUGGAAACGCGGCCGGGUCUUCGUAUCAACCAGACAAUGGUGACAAAAACAUUAAAGCGAUGGGCUACAUCCUGGUGCAAUGA